UUUAAUUGGGACACUUCCGCCCCGCAGGAUGGAGCGGAAGUUGGCGGAAUGGCGAGCCCGGCAGGCGGUGGCAGCGAGGAGGUCGCCGCUGUCGGUGGUGAGCGAGCGCCGGGGAUAUGCCGGGGUUUUCAGCGGCUUGUGGCACAGACUGCGGCCCCGGAGGGAUGAGGCUGAGCAGCGGGAGCCACCCCAAGACCCGCUGGAGAGCAGCGUGAGUGCGGCCGCGGCCCCAGGGCUGGAAACCGAGGGCAGCGGGGCCUCGGGACGUGUCACCGCCCUAGCGGACGGGGAGAUCUCGGAACGAGCCCGGAGGGCAGCCAGGGAAAAGGAAGAAAAUAACCAGAAUUCAUUCAAAGAAAAUUCUGCGGAACAGCCAGUUGAAACUGAUCAUUUCAUCUUCACAAUUGUGACUGUUCUGAAAUUCCUGCUUUGGCUGGUAUUACUUGGCCUCUUCAUUGAGUUGGAGUUUGGCCUGGUAUAUUUUGUCCUCUCAAUGUUUUAUUGGAUUUACAUUGGGACACGAGACCCAUCUGAAAAGAAACAAGGAGAAGUUAGUGCAUACUCUGUGUUCAACCCUGGUUGUAAGGCUAUUGAAGGAAGUUUGACAGCAGAACAGUUUGAACGAGAACUUCAGUACAGACCUCUGGCUGGCAGAUGACUUUGCCCUGUGCAAAACUGAGAGUUGUGUUGUUUACAAUGCAAUAAAAACUAUGUACUAAUGCACUCUCACAGUAAAGGUCAACAGUCAGCGGAAGACAUUAUCCAAGCUGUUAAGUGCACACACAUAACAGACAUUUAAAAUAAGUAAAAGAUAAAUUAAACUAAGUUCUUCACAAAGAAGUGCCUGGUAUUAUCAUUGAAUCUAAAUCCUGCAUUUCUUAUCUGCAGUACUCUGGGAGCAUCCUAUGUACUGCAGCGGUUCAAAAAGGAGCUCGCUCUAAGGGCAACUCAGGGUGGACAAUAAAUAAUGCUGUAAUGUCCACACCCUAUAUACGAAACUUGGAACCAUUGUAAUUUUGUUGAUUACCUUAUGAUUUAUCUAGAGUUUGUAAUAUACAUGUUUAAUCUGAAUCCCUGUGUCCCCACUUUCUUAGGGGGAGGAGAGUCUUGUAUGCCUUCCCCUUGUUCUCUUGUUAUAAAGUAGAUUGUUUUUAUCAAAAAAGCAAAGCCUUUUUCCAUCAUUAAUCAUGAGUGAAUCUCGGGAACUUCAUUGUCACCCAAGUCCUACAAACCUCAUUUAUACCCAUAUUCUUUAAAAUAAUUUGCAAUAUCUACAUUUCCUUCUAAAGUCAUGAUGUGGUUCUGGACAGUGUUUCAUACAAAUUAGAAGCACCAACCAUUGCGUAAUCCAAGCUGAAAUGAUAUAUCCAUGACACGUAGUGAAGUUAUAAUAUUUUGAAGUCAGUAGGUAGCAGCAGUUUUUAAAUGUUCAUUUUCUAAAUACUGUGUAAUAUUAUGCUCAGAUUGGUUUCUCAACAUGACAAAUUGCUUUUUAAAUUGCCACAGUGUUCCACUGUCUGAAGUUAACUAAUUGAAGAAUUAAAUAACUUGUAUGAUCCUGA